UUCAAUAGCCAGAAAAAAGUAAAAAACUAGAUAGAACCGCCGGAGUCUCACGUAAGCACAGUUACAUCCCGAACAUUUAACCCGCUGAAAUUGAACCGCCAGAAAAAGCAAGAUAGAACGUCGGAGUCCCGUAAGCACAGCAAAACUAUCGAAUAUCCGGAAUAUUAUUUGACCACCGGAAACAGAACUCCCGGCGCAUGUUAUAUCAUCAACCGUUUUCUCAGCUUUUUCUGCAGCUUCAGCAAGCGGCGGAGCCAGAAAACAAGUUAACGGGGGCAAGAAUGAUAAUUUAUUUCCAGGAGGCAGUUACAUAGCCUAAUUGUAUCUUUGGCUUUAAGCAAAUCAAGGGAAAAGUGUCAAUCCAUUUAGUGCCAUUUUUUUUUUCCAAUUUCGGGGUGGGGGACUAGGCUUUGUGUGGCUCCGCCACUGGCUCCAGCGGAAAACUGAAAACCAUUUUCUGUUUCGGUUCCAAGAAAGGGUUUUUGAGUUGGAGUGAUGCCCAUACAUUUUGCCGUCGGCGCCGUCUAGUUACUGAGAAACUGGUUGGAAAAAGAAAAGCCAGGUGCCUUAAUAGUGCAGUAGUUUGGGACCUGUGGGAUUGCUUUGCCCUUUCAACAGUAAAUUAUCGGUGUUGUCCAAGAUAGACAGUGUUGAAGUGCAUUAUGAUAUUGUGCCCAUAGAGGUAUCUUGGCUUUUUCUCGAGCAUGGCCCUUGCUGGUUCUAUGCACUUGUCCCAUGAAUUGGGAAUUCAGAAUUGGCAUGGGUACAGUAACCAGCCUAAGAUUAUGAUGGCAAAAGGCCGAUUACAUCUGCUCAGAAUCACUCCCUCAUCUCAUGCUUUGAGACAGGAUGCUUGGAGUCUUCAUCUUUCAAAUAGUAUGGGUGGGUCAAUAACUCCUGUAUCUUCUAGAUGUAAUGUUUUCCUGUGCCGAUCGUUUCUAGGUGGAGGAAAUGAGAUUUCAGUUUUAAAAUCUGCUGCCUUGGUUUUGACAAGGUCAUGUAAUGCUUUACAAGGAAGCCCUCUUCUACUUCAAUUGGUUCCAGCAGUUAGCAUUGUUGCUUUUGCUACAUGGGGUCUGGGGCCGCUAAUGCGUCUUGGCAGGAACCUUUUCCUCAAUAAGACUGAUAAUAGUAGUUGGAAAAAGAGUAGCACGUAUUAUGUUAUGACCUAUUACCUUCGACCUUUGCUGUUAUGGAUUGGAGCAAUGCUUAUUUGCAGAGCAUUGGAUCCAAUAAUUCUACCUUCAAAAGAGAGCCAGGCUGUUAAGCAACGACUUCUAAUUUUUAUACGAUCAUUAUCAACGGUGCUAGCCUCUGCCUGUUGUUUAUCAAGCUUGAUUCAAGAAGUACAAAAAUUCUUCAUGGAAAGCAAUGACUCCAGUGAUGCUAGAAAUAUUGGCUUCCAGUCUGCCGGGAAAGCUGUUUAUACUGCAAUAUGGGUUGCUGCUGUUUCAUUGUUCAUGGAGUUGCUGGGUUUUCCCACCCAGAAAUGGCUAACUGCUGGGGGUCUUGGCACAGUAUUGCUUACUCUUGCUGGUCGUGAGAUAUUCACAAAUUUCCUUUCAAGUGUAAUGAUCCAUGCAACACGACCAUUUGCUGUGAAUGAACGGAUUCAAACAAAGAUUAAAGAUUCUGAAGUUUCUGGUACAGUUGAGCGUGUGGGUUGGUGGUCACCGACAAUCAUAAGAGGUGAUGAUCGUGAAGCAGUUCAUGUUCCAAACAACAAAUUCACAGUGAAUGUUGUGAGGAAUCUCAGCCAGAGAACUCAUUGGCGCAUCAAGACACAACUUGCCAUCAGCCACUUGGAUGUCGAUAAGAUUAAUAAUGUUGUAGCUGAUAUGCGCAAGGUUUUAUCCAAAAAUCCUCAAAUAGAGCAGCAAAGGUUGCAUAGAAGAGUGUUUCUGGACUAUAUCGAUCCAGAGAACCAGGCCCUCUUGAUCUUGGUAUCUUGCUUUGUGAAAACCUCACGUAUUGAAGAGUACCUGUGUGUCAAGGAAGCAAUACUCUUGGAUCUCCUCAGAGUUGUCAGCCAUCAUCAAGCUCGCCUUGCAACACCCAUUCGUACAGUUCAGAAAGAAUACGGUGUGGCUGACAUGGAAAUGGAAAAUAUUCCAUUUGCUGACCCCAUAUUCACCCGCUCCCAAGCAGCUGCUAACCGUCCACUCCUGCAGAUUGAGCCCUCUUAUAAAAUGAACGGUGAUGAUAAAAUGAAGGCUUCCACAGGUUCAGCACGCCGGAACAAAGAAAAGGUUGCAAAAAUUGAAGCAAGGCCUAAAUCUGAUUUGAAGCCAGGUUCCAAGGCUGGGGCAUCGUCAAUUCUAGAAAAGGAUGCCAAGAUUAAAGCAAACACAAAAUCUGAUUCGAAGCCAGGUUCCAAGGCUGGAGCGUCAUCAAAUAGUGACUCCACAAUAGCUGACAACAUUGCAGCAACAUCAAUCACCAACUCCAAACUACAAGGUUUCAGAAACAUCAAUAUCUGACAAAAUCGAAAAUAUGGUGACUGAUGGUUCAACCCCAAAUAACUAUGAAAAACAGCGGUCUGAGGUAGGCAUGGAAAAGGUGAGGGAGGAGACAGUGGGACUGAUUCCUGAGGACAAAAACCAAGGUGGAUCAGCUUUUGAGAAUCCCUCUCUGAACUUCCCAGAAUCUGGCACUAGAAAAGCAGAUAUUCUUCCUUCUGCAACUUCACUGGCAAAGCAAGAUGGAGAUAACAGUAUCAAUAGCCACCCCUGCCUUAGAAAACAUUAUUCUUGGUGUAGCUCUUGAAGGCUCAAUUGAGGAAGAAGAAAGGGUUGUGUCCUAGCACCGAGAGUCAAAAGAAUUGGCUGCCUGCUGGAAUGGUAAUGUUUCAGCCCCCAGUGGCAAGGAUAAGAAAGAAAAAAGAUAUCAGCAGCUACGGGUGCAAUAUCAAGCUGUCAGCGGGAUGUAGAAAAGUGAUCAUAUGUUCAUUGGUUUGACACCAUUUCAGCUCCUAGCGCAACAUCGAGUUGUCAGCGGGAUGUAGAAAGGUGAUAACAUGUUCUUUGGUUUUACACCAUGCAAAACUAGGCGGACUUGGAUAAUCAUUCUUAAUACUUGGGUUGGGUUUGGGUUAAAUUUUUUUUCAAUCCAAACUUUAGUUCAAGUCAGGUUUGGGCAAAGGUUUGAAUAAUUUAAACCUAACCCGAACUCAAUUUAAUAUUUUUAUAAUAUUUAUAACUUAUAUUAUUAUCUUAUAUGAUAAUAUUUAAUUUAUUUAUUUAUUUAGAUCUUUAAGGAAAAAUAUCAAAUUAUAAUUAUCAC